AAAUUCGAGAUUGUAUCUAGGCUUUUAUUUUGCCCGGAAGUGCACUGUUGUCCCUUGGGUGGAGGAUACAAAAUCAAGGCUGUUGGAUUUCCAAAACAUAUAUCGUGGUAGCUAUGACGACGCUGGAUGAUAAGCUCCUGGGUGAGAAGCUGCAGUACUACUGCAGUAGCAGUGAGGAUGAGGAUAGCGACCACGAUGAAGAUGAAGAGGGGCCUAAAACCAUCCGUGACCAGGCAGUGCUGGAACCAGAGGUGGAGUACAGCGCAGAUGGCACUGCUGUUAACACAGGACCAAAGGGUGUGAUAAAUGACUGGCGGAAGUUCAAAAAGUUGGAGACCGAGCAGAGGCGGGAGCAGAAGAGAGAGAUGGAGAAACUGAUCAAGAAGCUGAGCCUCACCUGCCGUUCACAUCUGGAUGAUGAGAAGGACAAGGAGAAACAGAAGAAUGUACAGGACAAAAUCCGUGGCAAGCUUGUAGCGAAGGAUGCGGACGAGGAGUUGGACGAGGAUGAUGAAGAGUUCCUGGAGCAGUACAGGCAGCAGCGCAUGGCCCAGAUGCGGCUCGCCCUCGGCGGGGGCCGGCAGUUCGCUCAGGUGGUGGAGCUCAGCAGCGGGGAGGAGUUCCUGGCGGCGGUGGAUGAGGAGGGCCGCGGCACGCUGGUCAUCAUCCACAUCUAUGAGCCUGAGGUCCUGGCCUGCCAGGCCAUGGAGGGCUGCAUGAUGUGCCUGGCACAGCAGUACCCGCUGGUCAAGUUCUGCCGCGUGCUUGGCUCCGACAUCGGCACCAGUGCGCAGUUCCGCGCCUCUGCGCUGCCCGCCCUGCUGUUAUACCGCGGUGGCGAGCUGGUGGGCAACCUGGUACGCAUCAGUGACCAGCUGGGCAACGACUUCUACGCCACCGACGUGGAAGGGCUGCUGCAGGAGUACGGCCUGCUGCCUGACAAGUACGCCCAGACACUGGCCAACGCUGGCGCAAACGGAAGCAUCCGGAACAGCAACCUCGCUCAGCUCAGCGACUCCGACAGUGACCUGGACUUAGACUAGACCCCCCCACACACACCUGGACACUUUCUCAAACGUCCACACAUACACAUGCUCACAUAUGCACACCAACCACAAGCAUAUAAUCAUGGUUCGG